AACCAACAAACAUCACGUUUGGGGGCCCCACAUUGACGCCUUGCCAUGAAGUUUGCGGGGCUGCAGUGGGAGGCUCAUGGCAACAUUGCUCCAGGUUGGCUCGUGGAGAAGGUUCAGUUCGUUCAGAACGUGCCGGGAGGAACCUCAUUCCUGGCAGGCCCUCCGUCUGGGCCAUCAGUGAGGUCAUCGUUUCAAGGAGACGUUCACCAAGACCCUUUCCAGGGCAUGAGCCAAAUGGGCAACGAUCCCGACGCCCAGGAAUUGGACGACCGAGAAGAGGAGGCCGCUGAGAAUGACAUGGAGGAGAAAUCCGAACAUCUCACGCACAUGACCUGUGGGAUCUCUUCGGGUGAUGGAGGGAGUCAGGUCACCUGUGGCGUGCCCAUGUACCGCGACAAAGCCACUGGUGCUCCAUAUAUCAUGCCUCUCUACACCGAGCCCACGCGUCCGGCCAAAGCUGCCGGAACUGGGACGACUGGGACGACUAGUACGAUGGUCUUCAGCAGUCCACAAGCAGAGGCCGAAGCUGCACGAGCGCAGAUGGUUGAGGCAGCCUCUUCAGCGCGGAUCCGCUCGGAUGCUCUGGACCUUCUCAGGGGUUUCUUGGACGCUGCUCCGCCACCAACAGCGCCCAACACGCCCUCUGGGUUCUUUUUGAAAGGUCCAGGAGCGCCUUCCAAAGUCUUCUACCCCAUCCCCAGCAAAACAUCGCCUACGGGGAUUGAGGUGGUGCCAGAUGUGGGUCCUCUGGGUGAACCAACACCUGAAGUCCCGGGUCUGGCACCUGGCGCGAAUACUCCUGGAGUGGCCAAUGGACUUUGACCGUGGCACGGUGAAGAUUGGCGCUUCAGCGAUGCCGCGAUGCCUUCAGUUCAGCAGCCGUGUCCCAAAAGAAACGUGCUGAAA